AUAUAUAUAUGGUAAAUACAUCGGUGUAUACUGUACGUACACCGCUGACUGACAGUCAAACGUACACUGGGGACUCGGAUAUAGAAACAAGGGUGACGAUACAAUGAAGUCAAACAGGAGCCGGUCACGCAUAUCAAGUCACUCGGAACACGUGGUGACCCCGUCCGUUCGGAAGUCACUUCUCCAAGAUUUUCUGAGGUGUGAUGAGGAUGGCGAUUGCGGGCUGGUAACGAUGGUAACCGAUGAACCCGGAUCUCCUGACCUUGGUAAUCUGAGUCUGGAAGAAAAGAAUUUCACGCCAAAAUCAUUAAUGCUGUUCGUACCGGUACCGGAAGAUCCAGACGGAAGUUGCCUGGAAUUACUUGCUCCGACUAAAAAACAACAGGACCAACCGGAAGACCAUAUCUCAACAGCCCCGAAACAGAGUGUAUCCCGUGUUAGACGCAGUUUGUCCUUUGGGGCUGAAUCCGAGUUAAAUCUCGCCUUAAUGGAGGCAGGAAGUGACGACGUUCGGACGAUGGUGGAAAAGCUGUCCGACAACGACUGUCUGAUCGGAGACGGAAGUGCGUCACACUGUCUACCUACAGUGGCAGGACAGCACGUUGACAUCAAGAGUGUCAGCUCUCUCACACUGUCGGAGGCCUUGCGUUUCGGGGACAAGGGAAGACAGAUUAGGCUGGUUGACUGUAGAUACCCGUACGAGUACAAGGGCGGACACAUCCAGGGUGCUGAAAGUCUGUACACACACGAGCAAAUCCUUGGACUCUUGGAGGAAGGUUCAGUGUCGACAGGGAGCGGAAUGGCGCCUCAAAAACUCGUUUUUUAUUGCGAAUUCUCAUCAGUACGGGCCCCUUCUAUGUACCGCUUCCUCAGAGAGAAGGACCGCGCCCUCAACAUGGACAAGUACCCGGCUCUGAUCUAUCCGGAGAUCUACCUCCUUGAUGGCGGCUACCAGGCGUUCUUUCAGUCAUACAAGGAACUGUGUACACCAUCAGCCUAUCUACCAAUGCGUUCACAGUCACAUCUCGACGACCUUCGUCACUUCAGGACAAAAUCAAAAUCGUGGGCGGCAGGAGAAAAAAGGCGACUUUAUUUAAAGUGUCUUCGACUUUGAAAUGGAAAAGUCUCCUCCCCUGGAAGUUGUUAUAUUUAUCUUAAAUGUUAUUGUUUGCCUAAUUAUUGUUUGUUAACUAAAUAAACAGAGCGUCUAUAGGA